CACACACACACAAACACAGAUGGUAUGGUGAAUAAUAUUGCAUGACUCCAUGAUCCCAUGAUGACAGUGUUUUACUUUUAUCUAGGAGAAGCAGAUUGAGGUGAGAGUGCUGUUUUUUUAACAAUGCACUGGAAAUCAGCAUUCAUUAGUGAAUUUAAAAUCACCGCCAAAGAUUUUGAGGAAGACAGUCUAAACAUGAUUCCUACUUCUAUUAUCUCAGAUUUGCAUGAUUUUCAGCAUGUCUUAAAGAAGAUUUCAAAGAUGUAAGGAAGUUGUGUUGAAAAGCAGAAGUGUACUGUUUCGAAUCUUUUCAUGGUGUCACUUUUUGAACUUCUCACUCAUAAACCUGAAGAAUUCGGUGUGUGUUUCUCACCUGUCCACUUUACCGACCAGAGAUAUGGUCCUUCACAGACUCUAUACUAACACAUCUGCCUUAUCUACAAUGAGAUUUAUGUGCAAUAUACAAUGACUAAACAUGAUGCUUUAUCUUAUUCAGUUUUAAACUCUAUGGACAGCACUUGUGGAAUAAUGUUGAUCGCCAAAAAUAACUGACUAUUCUUUAAAAAAUAAUUGAGUUUAUGUUAUAAGGAACUUACAGUUAAAGUGAUUGGGAGUGUUUAAAUGUAGUUUAAUAUAAAUUUUAAAUAUACUUUUUGUAAAAAAAAAAAAAAAAAAUCGAAUUCUUCUGUUAACUUUCGUCAUUUUUACGGUUGUUGUGUUGCCAUGGCCUGAAGUUGUAAAAUUGCAUAUAACUUUACAAAAAGAACAGUACAUAAGCAUUUUUUUCAACCCAAUCUUAAGAGGAAACCUAACUGUUUUACUGAUUUUGUAAGAGUAAUUUUUUAUACAUUUAUGAACUGAAAUCAUUUCAGUGCCUCAUUUUAACCCAGAUUUUUUGCAUUUUUUAAGAAAAGUAGGGGCACCCUGAAAUAUAUAUAUUUUUUGUGGUUAUCAACAUCAUGUCACAAAUGCUGUUCACUGAGCUUUACUUGCACUGAACCUAUACAUUCCUUUAAGAGACACCUAGGCAUGACACAGAGAGAAAAAAUUAAACCACCUGGCAUCUGUAAACACAUACUGCACAAGAUUUUCUCAGAACAUUGUUGCGAUGACUAUCAGCCAAGGUGUCAAGGCUGUUUUUUUUUUUACAUUUCAUGAAUCUCCCCUUUACCUCACACAGGCCAAAUUAGCUGCCUCUCUUGAGCAAGUGUGCGAUAAAUUGCCUGCCCAAAUCACUCAAAUCUGCCACACUGAGGUGGAAAAGAUGCUUCCUUUGGCCAUCACCUUCAUUACCAGCAUGAUGCAACCCGGUGACAUCUGUACAUUUCUUGGAAUGUGUGGAGGACGUGACAGUGCCAAGAUUAGAUAUCUAUUGUUUAAUCACAUGUCAAAAACUGUACCAGUGCCAACUGUGAAGAUGGAGACAUCCAUUCAGUGCUCGGUUUGCACAUACAUUGUGAGCACACUUGGGUAUCUGUUUCCCAGAGAGAGGACUCAGAGCAUCAUAACUGUCCUGCUGGAGAGUUUGUGCAGUGAGUUUCCUCCUCUGGUUCAGCCACAGUGCAGUAAGAUGGUUGAAAAAUACGUCCAACUGUUGGUUGACAUGCUACUGAACAAUACUUCACCUAACUUCAUAUGCACUCUGCUUCGUCUUUGUGAAAUACGGGAGCGUCCCGUCAACGCGGCUGAGGUGCUUUCUGAUUGUGAUUCAUGCCUUACAUUGGCAGUUUUGACUCAUAUGCAUCUAGGCUCCAAUGCCACCGAGCUCCAGGCUGCUUCAUUCCUGAACACCGUCUGCCAACUGCACCCCAGUGCCAUGCCAAAGUGUGAGACUUUUGUGCAGCGUCAUGGGAACCAGCUCAGUGUAUUUCUGAGCAAACAGCAGAGGGCGCUGGACAUUUGUAAGAAGGCAAAUUUGUGUGUUUCUGGUGAGAAGGAGCCUGUCAUUGCUGCUGACCCCUGUAGUCUCGGACCAAUCUACAGCUGCAGAGACCUCCAGACUGCGCUCGACUGUGGGGCAGUUUCCUUUUGUCAGAAGAAGGUGUGGAAAUAAUCUGUUUCAGCUGUCCAUACUACAUGGUAAAUGUCCACAUAUAGUUUGCCAAAUGUCAACCAAUUGCUAAUAAAUUUAUAAAUUCAUUUAUUUACUGAACAUAAUUCUGACCCACUGGAUAACUUACUGUUCCUUCCUUGAGUCAUUACUCCUAGUUUAUUCAAGUUUUCUAAACCUCAUCCACACAGACAGCAGCCUCUUUCAUAUAUGUUCAGUGUGCUUUAUCAUAUCAAAUACAAAUGAACUUCUGGGAUCAACAUUAACAUUUGAACACAAAAAUGCAGUAUUGACUUAUUUAUCAGUUUUUCAUUUGAGUGUUGAAACUCUUUUUUCCCCCCACCAACAGAGUCAAAGGUUAUUUGUGCGAGUUUUAACAGUGUCUCAGCAUUAACAAUGUAGCCUAUAUGAAAGGCUGAUGGACCUACUGGACCAACGCCACAGCAUUUUUCCUCCUUUCCUGGAUUUUCAUGGUUAUAUUUGCUUUUUGAGUUGAAACUGAGGCUAACAAAGACAUAGGCUCUGAUAAUAUCUUCAGCAAAGAAGAUAAAAUAGAACAAACUCAUAAAAAAAUGUUUUCUGGGGCAGCUAUUAUUUUAACAAAAAGAAAUACUUUUGCUCAAGCAACAUUAUUGAUCUCACGAUACCUUAUCAGUCUUUUCAGUGGUUUGCACAAGCCAUCAGUGACGUCAAUUCAAAGUUCAUUCACAAUAUUAUCUUGCAUAUGAAUCAUUACAUUGGGGGUGCAUAAACAUUUGAUCAGUGAUAAUUUACAUUUUUAAACUAAAACAGCACAUUUUUGAUUAUUAGAGGAUGUUCAGUAUACAUUAUGCAAAUAUUUUCUUUAGUAACCACAGUUUUGGUUAAAAUAUUGUAGUGACUAUAGUUAUUGGUCCUUCACUUUGUAUUAGACACCACUGUCAUAAAAAAAUAAAAUAAAUACAGUAUGUCACCUGUAGUAUUUGAUCUGAAACUAUUGCUAUGGUAAAUUAAUGUAGGGCAUACUAAAUGUUUAGUUCACUUGAUAUUGUCAAAGCUUAUAAACUGCAAAUAAAUGGUUGACUCGAUAUUUCUUGACCCUUAAUGUGAAAGUCACUAGUAAAGACAAGAAUAUUUUUCUCUGUUGAUGUCAUAUCCUGAAAAUGCAAUGGAUCUGUUUUGCCUCUGGCUUUUGAAAAUUGCUCACCUCUCUUGAAUAUGUCACGUAGCAUUGUUCUCACCCUUUAUGUGAAAAGACAUGUUGAUUUAACCAUCUUGUGACGUCACCAUAUACUCCCACUUUUAUUAUUUCAUUUCUGUUACACAUUUGCUUUAUGUUUGAAUGAAUAAACAAACUGCUUUCAACAGCGAACAGUCUUUGGGUGUAUACAGGCACGCCAUUUAUUGUCUUCUAACCCAUGGUAUUUUGCCCUUAGCAAAAGCUGACUGUCAAACAGUGGUUUCCUUACCUGAACCUUUCUGGCACCACUGUGAGACUGGAAUGAUGGGAUCACUGAUGCUGACCUUUGAAAAUUACUCAGGCUUUUCUGUCAGAACAGUAUAUCAUAUCAACAGUUUAUAGAGAUUUCUCACGAACAAAACCAAGUCCAAUCACAGUGGUGAGGUUUGCACAUUUGUGUGACUCCUUGAUAUUUAACGAGUGAUGUAGAAUGAGACUGGCUUUGUGGUUCGUCACUGCAAAAGUGUGAUGGUUUUAUUUUUAAGUAUUAGUUCUCCAAGGAAUGUGGCUCCGCUGCUCAAUACACUCAUCCUAAAAUACACAUAUGUACAGUGGGGAAGAUAAUUAUUUGAUCCCCUGCUGAUUUUGUACGUUUGCCCUCUUUAAAAGAAAGAAAGGGUUUAUUGUUUUUAUAGAGGGUUUAUUUUAACUGAUAGAGACAGAAUAUCAAAAAAAAAAAAAAAUCCAGACAAAAGCAGCAUACAAAUGUUAAAAAAAAGAUUUACAUUUUAAUAAGUCAAAUAAGUAUUUGAUCCCCUACCAUCCAGCAGGAAUUUUGGCUCCCACAGAUCGGUUAUGUGGACACGUGGAACACAGAUUAGUCCUUCAGUUACCACGGUAACUUACUCUGUGAACCUAACCUGGUCGGGAGCAGGUUUUCUUCGCCAAACCCAGAGUUUCUUUCCAUCUCCUCCCCCUUUUUAAAGUGUAAGCGAUGUUUUAAUACCUCACUCAUGCAUUCACGCUGCAAAAUUGCUUUUUAGUAUUUUUGUCUUAUUUCAAGUACAAAUAUUUAAAAAUUAAGUUAAAAUGCAUUUUCUAUAUUUUUGUUAAAAUAUAAAAUUGUUCUCCAUAGGGUAAGAAAAAUAAUCUUAAUGCAAACGGAAACAAGAAUGGGCUAUUUUUCAUUUAUUACCCCAUUGCCAGAUAAUUUGCAAAAUAAAACAAAAAUUCACUUAAAUUAGUGAAACAAGACUAAAUACCUUAUGCUAUUAUUUAUUAUUUUACACCGUAUUCAUGUGCAUAUUUAUUUGAGCGGUGCCAUUUUAAAUGGCAGUUUUCUUCAAAACAUUGGAGAGUGAAUGAUAUUUAAUGUCAAAUGUUUGUAAAGUCAUUUAGCCUACGCCCAUGAACCUUUCAUGUUUAAAGCUUUACCUUGAUUGAAUUGUGUUUUUAUACUUCAUUUUUAGCUGCUGCCACGUUUUUGUUCCUUCCCCCCCCCCCCCUUUUUUUUGGCCAUGGGAUAUCAUUAAAAUGAAUAUUAGUUCAAUAAUUUACAGUUUUCACCUCUGAUAUUAUAUUAUGUUGUAGUCAAUGUGCCAAUUUAGCUAUUUUGUCACUAGAUUCAGUGACUUCCUCUCCCCUUUAGAGACUUUUUUUUUUCUUCCCAAAAGCCUAGCAACAAAAUCAAUUUCUUGGACAAACCUUUUCUACAUUCCAAGACUCUCCUAUGAUGUCAUAACGACGAGUUCACUGAUCCAUAUAAAUAUAAACCUAGAUCAGCAAACUCACCUUUAUAAGGUCAUCUAUAUAAGCAGUUGGCAACACUGGUCAGUGUUUUUUUGUCCUUUGUAUUUUAAUGGUUCAAGCGAAAUGUGGGGGUCAUUAAAAACCAAAAAAAAAAAUAAUAAUAAUCCACACAUCACUUUUGGCCACUGUUGUGUUUGGUGGGGUUAGUGCCACAAUAUGCAAGACCCUGGUUACAGUGUCAUCACCGGUGCAUUGCUGCAUUGACUUAAAUGGAGGAGGUUAUUCAAUUUUAAAUUCCUUUGGUCAAGAUCAAAGUCUUUAUUUUUUUUUUUUUGGUAACUGACAAUCAAGUUUGUAUCUUUUUAUCAACUCCAUAUCAUCAUAUAACUCCAGUAUGCCAUAUCUUCGUUGGAAAGUGUGUGUCUCCUCUUUGCUGCCAUCUUGUUACUCCUAACUAGGUUAGGAAACUUCUUCAGCCCUCUUAAAUAAUUUAGGAGCUGAAACCUAGUCUUAACACUUAAGAACCUUUAUGAAUCACUCUUAUUCUUAAGUCUAGGAAUAAGAGUAAAAUUACGUCAUUCUUAGAGUAAAUUAUUUGUCCUAAGUGACAAAAUUCUGAGUGGCUUUAUACAUACAGCCCCAGGCCACAGAAUCUGUAUCUUCCAUUCCAACCUCUCCACUACCAUGGCCAAGAUUGUAGACCUACACAAGGCUGGAAUGGACUACAAGACCAUCAGCAAGAAGCUUGGUGGAGGAGGAGACAACUGUUGGUGCAAUUAUUCGGAAAUGGAAGAAACAAAACAACCAUCAGUCGGCCUUGGUCUGGAGCUCCGUGCAAGAUCUUGCCUCAUGGGGUAAGGAUGAUCAUGAGAAAGGUGAGGGAUCAGCCCAGAACUACACGGGAGGAGCUUGUUAAUGAAUGAUCUCAAGGCAGCUGGGACCACAGUCAACAAGCAACACAUUGGUGUAACACUACGCCGCAAUGGAUUGAAAUCCUGCAGUGCCCGCAAAGUCCCUCUGCUCAAGAAGUCACAUGUACAGGCCCGUCUGAAGUUUGCCAGUGAACAUCUAAAUGAUUCAGAGAAGGCUUGGGAGAAUGUGCUGUGGUCAGAGACCAAAAUUGAGCUCUUUGGCAUCAACUCAACUUGUGUUUGGAGGAAGAAAAAUGCUGCCUAUGUUUCUCUGCUAAGGGUACAGGACGACUUCACAUUGAGGGGCCAAUGGACAGGCCAUGUGCCAUAAAAUAUUAGAUGAGAAUCUCCUUCCCUCAGCCAGAACACUGAAGAUGGGUCGUGGAUGGGUCUUCCAGCAUGACAAUGACCCAAAACACAGCCAAGGCAACAAAAGAGUGGCUCAAGUAGAAGCACAUUAAGGUCCUGGAGUGGCCUAGCCAGUCUCCUGACCUUAAUCCUAUAGAAAAUCUGUGGAGGGAGCUGAAACAGUUUCCAAGAGACAGCCAAGAAACCUUGAUUUAGAGAGGAUCUGUAAAAAGUGGACCAAAAUCCCUCCUGAGAUGUACAAACCUGGUGACCAGCUACAAGAAACGUCUUGACCUCUGAUUGUCAGCAAGAGUUUCUCCACUAAGUACCAAGUCAUGUUUUGCUUGGGGAUCAAAUACUUAGACUCACUAAAAUGUAAAAUCUUUUUUUAACAUUUGCAUGCUGCUUUUUUUCUGGAUUUUUUUGUUUGAUAUUCUGUCUCUAUCAGUUAAAAUAAAGCCACCAUAAAAAUGAUAAACUUUUUUUUUUUUUAGUGGUCAAACUUACAAAAUCAGCAGGGUAUCAAAUAAUUAUUUUCCACAAUGUAGAUAUUAGACUAAGGAUCACCAAAUAUGGAGUUCUGGUGCUGUUUGUUCACUCUUAAACUGGAUUUCUGUCAUUACUUUGCAAUGGUUUGACACUUGCAAGACAACUUUUUCCCCAUAUUUCUAAGCACUCAUGUUCAUUUUAACCCGUUUCAUGUUAAAAUAUUUAGUCGAACCCUCCCGAUUUAAAAAAAAUUAAAAUUUAAAAAAAAAAAAAAACCAGCACUAUAGUACAUAAGUCCUGUGUAGUAAAUGGAUAUUUUUCUACUUAUCUUUCAGAAGGGAAAAAAAGGCAUCAGAAUAUUGAUUGAAAUGAAGUGCAGCCCCUAAAGUAUCCAAUAACAUGCUAUUUUUAAGCCAUGUGACCUUUGAGUUUCAAGACAUGUAUGGACUUACAGAAACCCCUGCUGAUGUGCUCCACAAAUUUCAAUGAUCCUUCAUGAUUGUUAUUGUUCAAAAGUUUGGGGUUAGUAAAUUUCUAUAUUUUAUGUAAGAGCUUUUAUUCAGCAAAGAGGCAUUAAAUUAAUUGAUUAACAGUAAGCAUAUUUAUAAUGUUACAGAAGACUUUCUAUUCCAAGAAUCCAGGGGAAUAAUUUCACAAAAAUAUUCAACAGCAAAAACUGAUUUCAACAAAGUUUUCAACAUUGAUAAGCAUCAAAUCAGCGUAUAAGAAUGAUUUCUGAAGGAUCAUGCGACAGUGAAGACUGAAGUAAUGAUGCUGAAAUUCACCUUUACCGUCACAGGAAUAAAUUAAUAUUUAAAAAAUAUAUUCAAAUAAAGUUAUUUUAAAUUGUAGUAUUUCACAAGAUUACUGUAUUUUUGAUCAAAUGCAACAAUGGAGUAUAAACUUUUCCAAAAAAACAAAAAAUAAAUAAAAAAAUCCUACCAACCCCAAACAUUUGAAUAGCAGUGUUUUGCAGAAAAACACAAAUUUACUCAAUUUUAGUUUGAGUUCCAAGCGUAAAGCGGUUUAAACAUCUUUAGCAAAGCAUAAUGUAAAUUGAAGGCCCGAUUUUGUACCUCAACCACGGAAAGGACUGUAAAUGUUUCAAGGAGGGAAAAAGGAAAAAACCCAAUGAAUCUGACAAAUGUGAAAUACCAUAAAACAAGAGUCUUAAGGGUCAGAAUUUUUAUUCAUUUCACUGAUAUAGGGGACAGAACCAUCACGGAGCAUUGAAAGGAAGGGAAUUCAGGAGUUUGCUGUGGAUUCACAUGUAUCACGAGAGGAAACUCAGGGGAAAGGAGAGCAGGUGAACAAAGGGGGAAGGCAAGAAGAGGAAGAGGAGUGAAAAAGGAAAAGAAACAAUAGAAAAAGGCACUUCUACUCUUUCAGUAACCAGUCUGAUGCACCAAUCUCUGGAAUUAAAACAAAAUAUAUUGUACGAAAUAAAAACAGAAGAUGAGCAUUAUAUAAAAGACUGCAACCCAAACGCACCAAACAGAGAGAGCAUGUAAACGAAGCCGGUUUCUCUGUACAACACCGACCAGACUCGCUUCUGUCUGCCGGAGCGCCGGGAGUCCUGAACGUAAAACGUGUGCGUGAGUGCGUAUGGACAGUCUCAUCUACCUGCCUUCACUCGCAUUUAAAAAAAAAAAAAAAAAAAAAGGAAGUAAAAGUAACAAUGGUCACAGUUACCAGCGCCAGCCUGUGGCAAGAGCCCAAAGCUUUCUGUAGGACACCAAGGGAAGACCACAGAGCCGGCACACGGGACAUACACCACGACUACGGUGUUCAAGCAAAUGAAAACAAGUAUUCAUUGACUUUAAAAACGAUUCCUUUCAUGUACAAAAAGUAAUAAAGGCAGUCACACCUUGAGAUCCCAGGCUUUUCUGUACCGACGCCGAGGCUCAAGAGGAUCACCGAGCAAAUAUUAGGUUGAGUUUUCAAGUAUGGAGCGAUUCAAGAGGCGGAGGCAGCCCCUCUGCGCUGGUGAGGGAGCAGGGCUUCUCUGUAGCUACGCCCGCUGUCGCCGCACGCAGAGAGGGAGUGCUUUGCCACCGCCGUGGUCUAGUAGAACAUCACAUAACAGCUACCAGGAGGUUUCAUCUGGAAUCACCAUCAAGACCGAAGGGGAACGGUUGGGUCGCCGGCCCCGCAGAACCACCACAGUUGGUAGCAGCUUCUGACUUCUCUGUAACACGUCAGAAAUAAAAACAACGCAGCCUGCGGCGACCGGGACAGAACCGUGGCGACAGUACGCGCGUGUAAAAAGUCUCUUAAAACUUCGCAAUCCGAUCCCUGCACUAUGUAACUUAAACACAUUCUUGCUGAAUCCAACUAAAGUCAGGUUUUUGACAUUUCACGAGAGGUUUGGAUCCCAUUCGCGAUGGUACGCAUAAAGUGGUGGACCUGGAAAAUGGUAAGCAUUGGUUCUCUUAGUUGGUAAAACAAAAAGUCGAGGGGUUAGUGCUUCAGCCAGCAAUGCAUAGCAUCACAGAACAACCUUUGACCCCCAUUUGUGCCGUCACUUGAUCUUUCAAGCAAGUAGGUAAGGAAGGAAGGGCUGAAGAAAGAUGGGUAGAGAAGAGGGCGCAUAAAGUCAAACAAAACAAAACCAAAAAAGUUAAAUAAAAAAUAAAAUAAACACCACACAGCCAC